GUACCUACGGUGGACUAGACGUAGACGAUCGACAGCGCGCGUUACAGAGAGGCAGGGGCAUAGCGGGAUUGUACGCUGCGCUAUAUAUCUCUAAGCUCUCGAGAGGACGCUCGCUCGCUCCGGACCACCAACAAUGGCGUCUGCACUGUCGUCGAUGGUGCGGAUGAUGAUGCGGAAGCAGGACGGCAUCCCGCCGGCUUUCGUGCACGACCUGCACCGCGAGGACCAAACACUCCAGGAGCGCUCCAUGUGCGGCUGCGGCAGCCAAUCGCCGGACCAUGGGACGACGGGUCAGCGCAGCGAAGAGGAGCGCGACGCCUCCAUCAUCUGCCACGUCCACCACGCCCUCCGCCACUACAACGCCACCAACCCGGGCUCGGAGUUCGUCCCCGUCAAGCCUCUCAUGGCCGCGUACGUGGGCUUCCAAAGCCACAUCUGGGUCCACGUCAGCUUCGUGGCUCGCAGGAAGAAGAUCGCCAGCAGCAAACGGAGGCGCAACCAGGCCAACGACACCGACAAGACCUUCUUCGCCGAGCUGCGCUACAGCCACCACCACUCUGGUGCGCCGGCCGUCGAAACAUGCACCAUCAUCGAGAAGUCGUCGCGCAAAAGUCACUUGAACACCGCGUGUGCAUUUUGCCCCGAGAGCUUUCAGAUUUUGCACCCACUUGACGGGAGCUUCCUGUGCGGAAAGAAGAGCCAGGCAAACGAAGGGCAGGGUUUCACACAUUUCAUGAACCUGCUUGAGUUGCCGUUCACAUGCCCCGCGGCCAGUGGAGAAGGCAAGGAGGAUGCGGCAGCCCCAAAGGAGGAGGAGCAGGAGGAGGACGAGGAGGAACAUAGUAGCGCCCUGAGCUGGGCCACCCUCCCCUUUCAUUUUCUCGGUAAUCUUAUUACAAGGGUUUUGCCGGCCUUUGAUGCUAAGCGUAUGGACUAGAUCAGGGGCAAAGCUAGCGAGAAGUUAAUGCAAUGAGUUCAGGUUAAACCCAAUGAAGAGGGAUGUAUGCUAAUAGCAAGGCCAUGUAUCAGACUCUGAGAUUUUGAAGUUGAUGUAUGAAACUGAACUUCCGCGACAACUUUGUAUCCUAACCGUGCACUUUACUCUCUUUUUUAAAAUUUAAAAGCAGCAUUGGCGGAGCCU